UUUAACUGAUUGUCCACUGAUACACCUAACUGUUUUCUAAUUCACAAACCAACGUGUGAACAUCAACACAUUAGCGAAUAUAAUAAUGAAAGCUUGCAAAGAAGACAAUUUUUAUUAUUCGCUUGUUAAGUCCUGACGUAAGUUAUCCACUAUGCGAUAAAACUUUACGGGUCCAAGCUUCUGAUUCGUUUGCAGAGGCACUCGUAUUUUCAAUAUGCCAUCGUGCUGUGUCCCUUGUUGUCCGAAUACAUCUGAGUGUUAAAACUCCUCAAUUGUCAUUCAACCGCCUUCCUUGCGAUGAGAGCGAAGAAGAAAUGGCUGCAGGUGGUUAGGCAUGAAAACUUCACCCCAAACUGCAACUCCAGGGUGUGCAGAUGGCAGAGCUGCUUGACCAUCUCAAUCCAUUUGCAACACGGCAAAGAAGUUAAGGACUUCAGUCGAGCACAGAUGAAGCCUGGCAAAGAGGGACAUAGUAGACAUAACAGAAUGAAGAGGUUACCCUCUAGGUCAGAUUCCUCUGGAGCCAGUGAUAAAAAGAUCAAAUUCUCCCCAUCUGAAGUGCAGACACUGAUCGAGCAGGAGGUUCGCACGGCAGUGAAAAAGAAUGAAAUCAAGCUGCAGGGUUUAAUAGAAAAUAUUCAACAGCUGGAUUCUGGAGUUGACUAUGAAAGCUCCAUCCAGAAACUGGAGGCUCGAAUUAACACAAUAACUAAGAGAGCAGAAGCAGCUCUCACCUACAUGACAAAGAAGCAAAAAAAGAGCUCACUGCCAUCUGGUGUUAAUGUGGACACAGUCAGGUCACAAUGCAAUGAUAAUACCAUGGAAACCGAGUCACAGAUAGACAGAAUGAGCAAAGACAAGAGUGGAGCGCUCUUUCAAGUGAUGGAAACCACAAAAAAGGCACUAAAGAAGAUGCAUGCUGAUAAUGAAGCUUUAACAGAUGCCAUAGCAGAUUUCAAUGAGGAGCUGUCUCCUCCGCUUCUUACUCCCUAUGGCUCUCCUGAGUCUAAGGUAGGAUGCCUCAUUAUUUUAUAUAUUAGGGGUUGGGCCGAUAGAUCUGGCGAUGGCAGACAUCACAAUGUUGAGCUGUCAUCGUGACCUUUUUCCUGUUUUUUCCACUGAUCUGUUAUAACGGCAGCAGGUGAGCCACAUGCGGGCUUUUGUUAAUGACGUAGCCUAUUAAACAACUGAAGACUUCUAACGUAAAAGGCUACCAAGGCUAUCUAAGGGUGGUGAUGCUGCAGUGGAUAACACACAUGCCUUUGGUGUGAGAGCCCCAGGUUUA